AUGAUCAGAGCCGCGUUUGAUGCAUUGCUCGGCCGCAAGGAUUCGACAAAGGGCAACAACAACAAUCAAGGUGGUACAGGUGAGGGCAAGUCAAAGGGAGAAGACCUCGCGGAUAAGAUUGUUGCUGUGUCCAUCGACGAGGACGGCGAGAUUCAGUUUCUCGAUUCGCUGGGCGGCGGUAGCAAGGAUAAGAAAAAGGCAGACAAGAACAAGGACAACGCAGCAGCCCCGACAUUGCGCAACGACCAGCUCGGAGACGAUGAAGGAGAUGUCAUGGAGAUUGAACUCGCAGAUGGUGAAGACGCGGCGCGGUUGAUGAAGAUUCUUCAAGACGCGGGCUUUGACGCACGGUUCCCUGGCGCAGACGACGAUGAAAAGGAAGGAAAGCACGACGAACUGUAA